ACCCCGUACUGGAGCACCAGGGAGCCACCGGUGUACGCACAGAGGCUCUCCAGGGACUUUCUGUGGCUUACUUAGCUCUACCUGUGAAAUCCUUGUGAUUUCAUAAUGCAUCUUGUCUCAUUUUCUUGUUAUGAAAUGGGGUUUUCAGCAUUUUUUUGGUCUGUUUUCAGAUCACAGAACUGUGUGGUGCAAAGCGGGUUGGUUAUUUUGGUCCGACGCAGUUUUAUGUUGCCUUGAAAUUAAUUGCUGCAGCACAGUCUGGCCUCCCUGUGCGGAUAGAGAGUAUCAAAUGUGAAUUGCCACUGCCACGAUUUAUGAUGUCAAAGAGCGACGGCGACAUAUGUUUUGGAAACCCCACUGAACUGCAUGGGACUAAGGCUCAGAUUCCAAAUGUAGCCACAGAAAAGAACACCUUCACAAGACUGGAUGAUGAGGAUAAGCAGCAGGAAGCACAGUCUCCCACGAUGUCACCCCUCGCCUCCCCUCCUUCUUCCCCGCCUCAUUACCAGAGGGUGCCCUUGAUCCAUGGCUACAGCAAACUGCGAAGCAGCACGGAGCAGAUGCACCCAGCUCCUUAUGAAGCCAGGCAGCCCCUUGUCCAGUCGGAAGGACCAUCAUCUGGUGGCCCUGGAGCCAAGGCCCCUCGACAUCAGGCUUCUCUUAUCCGGUCCUUUUCAGUGGAGAGAGAGGCACAGGACAGCAACAGUAACUACCCGGACGAGCCCUGGAGGAUAACAGAAGAGCAGCGCGAGUACUAUGUGAAUCAGUUCCGGUCUCUUCAGCCGGACCCGAGUUCCUUCAUUUCAGGUUCUGUGGCUAAGAACUUCUUCACUAAAUCAAAGCUGUCCAUUCCAGAACUCUCUUAUAUAUGGGAGCUCAGUGAUGCUGACUGUGAUGGAGCCUUGACCCUGCCUGAGUUCUGUGCCGCCUUCCACCUCAUUGUGGCCCGGAAGAACGGCUACCCACUGCCCGAGAGCCUGCCUCCAACUCUGCAGCCAGACUACCUGCAAGCAGCUUUUCCUAAGCCCAAGUGGGAGUGUGCGCUGUUUGAUUCUUACUCUGAGUCAAUGCCAGCAAGCCAACAAGCCCGUGACUCGAAUAGGAUGGAGAAGGCAACUAUUAAAGACGCAGCAGCUGACUUUCCUGCCCCCACCCAAGCUACGACUGGUGAUGACAGUCAAGCUUUGAAAAGCACUGCAGAUGAAGCCUUACCCAAAGACAUGUCCAAGGAUCCAGCCAUCCCUAAGGAUUCCAGCAGCCUCAAAGCAAGACCAAGAUCCAGAUCUUACUCCAGCACCUCCAUAGAAGAAGCCAUGAAAAGGGGUGAGGACCCUCCCACUCCCCCACCACGGCCACAGAAAACCCAUUCCAGAGCCUCGUCCUUGGAUCUGAAUAAAGUUUUCCAGCCCAGUGUGCCAGCUACUAAAUCAGGAUUGUUACCGCCACCACCCGCACUUCCUCCAAGACCUUGUGCAUCACAGUCAGAGCAAGCACUUGACGCUGAAUCGCACCCUCAGCUGAGCAGAGCCCCCUCGCAAGCUGCGGAAAGUAGUCCCACCAAGAAGGACACACAUGCUCAGCCACCAUUAAAGCCUAUCCGUAGGAAGUUCCGAACUGAAAAUCAAGCUACAGAAAACCAAGAACCUUCUGCCACUGUAGGUGGACCGAGUUCUGCAGCAACUGCGAAGGCCCAUCCAACAGUCCAAAAGCAAUCUUCCAAACAGAAGAAAGCUAUUCAGACUGCUAUCCGCAAAAAUAAAGAGGCAAAUGCAGUACUGGCCCGGCUGAACAGUGAGCUCCAACAGCAGCUCAAGGAAGUUCAUCAAGAACGGAUUGCUCUGGAAAACCAAUUGGAACAACUUCGCCCAGUCACUGUGUUGUGAUCUCCCUUCCCCAAGAUUCAAGUAACAGUGGGUGACCUUUUCUGCCAAGAUUCUUCAUUUGAAUGUUUGAGCCUAGCUUUGUUAUAGGUGUCUGACCACGUCAAAAGCUGUGAGCAGUGAUUAUUAAUCAUAUCACUUUUCCUCUUGUACUUCACUUGUACAUUUUACUGUGGUAGAAAAAAUUACAACUGACUUUCACACUUUGAACUGUAAUUACCAGUGGAAUUUCUCUCCCAUUCAUAAGUACUUCAUCAAGGUGUUAGAUAUUGCUCCUUACCAAAAAUCAAUCUUCUUAGCACAUAAAAAUUAAUUUAGAGCAUUAUUUAUUUAAAGAAUUUAUGAUUUAUACAAAAUCUGAUAACCCAGUUAAUUCAGGAUGGUAGUUUUAUUUUUGUGUGUGUAUAUACACACAAACAUGUAUAUCAUAUAUAGUAGGUUGGUCUCCUGAAUAAUUGGAAUUCCAGCUAGAUAGUCUUGCAUGAUUAUAAUAAAAAUCAAACAAAAGCCUCAGAUUUAGACUGGCACUGUGCCCUCCACCACUAUAUGCCAAAACUUGCUUCUCUAGUGCCAUUUUGAUAUUAUAUCUAGCUAUAAAUAAUACAUGACUAUUGCUUUCUGUUGAGUGUCAAGGACUUAUUAGAUUUUCCCACCUUUGUAAAGUGGAAGUUCUGUCAAUGAUCUAUUUAACUCAGCCACCCUAGGCCAUCAAUUCCAACAACUCAGUCCUUUCCCAUGAAGUUUUGUGCAAGAACACUGGGUUUUAACUGCCUCACCCAAUCAAAUUAGAACAGCAGCUGCCAGCUCUCUACUUUUAUCCUGCAUGGGAUAACGUUUCUGUGAAUGCAUGAAUUUGGAAACUACACAUCGAAUAUGAAAGGCUGAUGAUAGUGUUUGGAUUGGUGAAUAGUUGUUGUUUGAACCCAGUUAUUCAAACUGGGGGAGGGAGGGAGAUGGUUGCUAUGAACAAUCUAACAAACCUUGGGCAUUAUUUUUGUCUUUGUUAUUUUAACCCGGAUUGUGAGUACAUUGGGUAUGAAGAAGUAAUGGAAGAAAGCCAGUCAGUCCUCACACUGGAUGGACAACUGUUUUGCCCUCUGUGAAAUGCACCUUUGGCAAAUGAUUGCUUCAUACGCUUUCCAGAGGAGCCAGGUGACUGCAGCAUACGUGAUGUACAGCUUCAAGCUUCCCUUUUGAAGCCAGUGUACUAGAGGAAUAUAAGUAGCUAAGGCUUCUGAAAGUCCGAGAUGAAGAUGGAAACUGACCAACCCUCACGGGGAUCAGAGCACACCAGCUUUCAUAGCAUUUUGAAAGACAGAUGGCAAGCAAUGCUGUCGUACACAUUUUGCUAAUUUAUUCAUUCUUAGGGUAGAGGUAUGGCUGUGCCUAGUGUCCUUUGUGAAGGGGUCUAGGGUAGAUUUGCAGUAUGUGGGAUUAAAUCUUUGAUUUUAGUAGAGGCGAGAUCUUUUAGGGAAAGGCAGUAAUUUAAUGCUUAUUGGAGAGACUCAAA